GAAACGCCGGCGUCCCGGUCUCGAACCAUACGGACCAAACUCCCGCUUGCUGAACAGCAGCAACACGUCGAACGGGUUGUACACGUUCUCGUCGCCCCGCCAGUUGUAGCCGUUGUACCAGCGGCGGAUCUCCUCGCGGUCGAGUCCGGCCAGCUCCGGGGCGAACACCGUGUCCAGGUCGGCGUCGGUGUACCCGCAGAUAUUCGCGUAGCGCCGGUCCAGGGUCAGAUCGGUGAGGUUGUUGAGGUCGGAGAACAGGCUCACCUUGGAGAAUUUGCUCACUCCGGUGAGGAACGCGAACUUGACGUAGGCGUCGGCGUCCUUGAUCGUCGCGUACAGCCCGCGCAGGUCGUCGCGGUUCUUGCCUCGGCCGUCUCCGGC